CGUACGCUGAAACACCGCUUCUUUACACGCAGUCUGUCAGUCUGCGCUCAGGAACCGAGCAGCAGUGUGUUCACGUCCUCUGAACUCUCAGUCAGCCCUCAGCCUCUCACCAGCCGCAGCUCAGCAUGGUGCUCCACCACAAAGAAUUCUCCAAAGCAGGCAAGACAACCGGCCUGCAGAUUUGGAGGAUUGAGAGAAUGGAGCUGGUCCCCGUGCCCGAGAGCUUGCAUGGAAGCUUCUACACUGGAGAUGCAUAUCUCAUUCUCAGUACUGUCAAAGAGAAAAAUUGCGCCUUUUACCACCUGCACUUCUGGCUGGGAAAGGAGUGCACCCAGGAUGAGAGCACCGCUGCUGCCAUCUUCACUGUGCAGCUGGAUGACUAUCUGGGUGGGAAGCCGGUCCAGUACAGAGAACUGCAGGGGGUUGAGUCAACAGCCUUCACAAGAUACUUCAAGGGAGGGAUCACUUACAAAACUGGAGGCGUGGCCUCAGGAUUCCAGCACGUUGUCACCAAUGACCUUUCAGCACGGAGACUUUUCCACAUCAAGGGUCGCCGCGUAGUCAGGGCCACCGAGGUCCCCCUCAGCUGGAAGAGCUUUAACAAUGGUGACUGUUUCAUCGUCGACCUUGGAGACAAGAUCUACCAGUGGUGUGGAUCUAAGUGUAAUAAAUUCGAAAGACUUAAAGCGGCGCAGGUGGCCAGAGGGAUCCGUGACAACGAGAGGAACUCCCGGGCUGAACUGCUGGUCGUGGAAGAAGGACAGGAGCCACCCAAGUUAACGGACGUUCUUGGAGUCAAGCCAGUCCUACCAGAGGGAAAUGAUGAUGAUGAUAGAGAGGCAGACGUAUCCAACAGAAAAAUGGCUAAACUAUACAUGGUAUCAGAUGCGUCGGGGUCCAUGAAAGUGACCGUUGUGAAGGAGGAAAACCCAUUCCUCCAGAGCGACUUGCUGACGGAUGAGUGCUUUAUCCUGGACCAUGGCAAAAACAAGAUGAUAUUUGUUUGGAAAGGGCAUAAGGCCAAUCCCAAUGAAAGAAAGGAGGCCAUUAAAACAGCCGAGAGCUUCAUCAAACAGAUGGGCUACCCAGAAAACUCACAGAUACAGGUGCUUCCAGAAGGAGGAGAGACUCCCAUAUUCAAGCAGUUCUUCGACGGCUGGAAGGACAAAGACCAGAGCAAGGGUUUUGGGAAGGUGUUUGCCACUGAAAGAAUUGCCAGGAUUGAGCAGGUGGCGUUCGACGCCUCCAAACUUCACCAGUCCCCCCACAUGGCGGCGCAGUACAACAUGGUGGACGACGGCACCGGAGACACACAGAUCUGGAGGGUGGAGAGCAGUGGCCGAGUCCCUGUGGACCCAAAGAGCUAUGGACAAUUCUAUGGCGGGGACUGCUACAUCAUCCUGUACACUUACAGGAAGGGGCAGAUAAUCUACACCUGGCAGGGAGCCAGCUGCUCCCUGGACGAGCUGACAGCUUCAGCCUUCCUGACUGUAGAACUGGAUCGUUCACUCGGAGGGAAAGCGGUUCAGAUCAGAGUGUGUCAGGGUAAAGAGCCCCCACAUCUGCUGAGUCUCUUCAAAUCCAAACCCCUCAUCGUAUACAAGAGUGGUACGUCUCGCCUCGGUCAACACGCCCCCCCACCCCCCACCCGGCUCUUCCAGGUUAGACGGAACCUGGGCACCAUCACCAGGAUUGCUGAGGUUGACGCCCGAGCCACCAAUCUAAACUCUAAUGACGCCUUCCUUCUGAAGAUGCCGGAUGGGAAGGGAUUUCUGUGGUCGGGCAAGGGGGCCAGUCAAGAAGAGAUAAAUGGGGCCGAGUUUAUGAGUAAAGAGUUAAAGUGCAGCAGCAAACGCAUCACUGAAGGAAAAGAACCAGCUGACUUCUGGGCUGCCUUAGGGGGGAAGAUGAAGUACCAGACAUCAGAGAGACUGGAGAGUGAGACCAUGACACAUCCUCCUCGGCUGUUUGGAUGCUCAAAUAAGACCGGCAGAUUCAUUAUUGAGGAAGUUCCAGGAGAGUUCACGCAGGACGACCUGGCUGAAGAUGACGUGAUGCUGCUGGAUGUGUGGGAUCAGGUGUUUGUCUGGAUCGGAAAGGACGCCAAUGAGGUGGAGAAGACUGAAUCCGUCAAGUCUGCCAAGGAGUACAUAGAGAGUGACCCGAGUUGCCGAGACAAGCUCACUCCAGUGGUGGUGGUGAAGCAGGGUCACGAGCCCCCCACCUUCACCGGCUGGUUCCUGGCCUGGAACCCCGCCCACUGGGACGCCGUCGCCAGGAGCAUGAAGGCUCUGAAGGUUUAGUUUACACACUUUCUGUUCUCUGGUUCAGUUUUUGCAUGAUAUCGUUUCUAUAAUCAGCAUGAGAAAUUAAACAACUUCACUGUUCUUGAGGGGUUUCUGUACUGUGUGAUUAUUCUUUUGGAAGUUUUUCCUUAUGUUUUUAUUACCACACAAGGGGCAUCUCUACCAGCAUGGACCAAUCCAAUUCUGAAAAAAAAAAAAAAAAAAAAAAGUUUAAGCUGCAUUUGGACAAUUUUCCACCACAGGCAGUGGCUACAAUUAUGGCAAACAUGGCUCAGGUAGGAAUACCACCAGUAACCACUAGAUGGGGACAUCCCGCAGUUGUUAAUGUAUCAAUCAUCAACAGAUCAGUUACCAUUUAUCAAUAGAUCACCUUUAGAUGUAAAGACAACUACUGUACCUUAGUAUUCAUGAAAAAUGAAUUGCUUGAGCUCAUCACGUCUUAUUUCAGGUGGCAGCGUGCAUUUGAUAAUAAAACAUUUACAAUUCAUAGCAAUUCAUAGCACUUAUUAUACAAUAACCACUUCCAACACUCUCACCUGGAGCCACAUCUGAUUACCUUUAUCCAUAGUUUGCUCAGCUGCCAUGCAGAAGAACUCACUGUUUAUACCACAAUAAUAACUGAAUUAUUUCAAUAGUACAGCCAUCAGUUGCUCCUUAAAACAGUCAAAUUCCUUUUGCAUCAAAAGCAUGAUCCGCUGUGUUUUGUAGGAAUGUCUUUGCUAGUUAACCACCUGUCCUAAUAAAUAAAUAAAUACAUAAAUAAACAAAAACAAAAACAAACAAAAAACAGAGAGAUAUUACUAGUGAAAACGCGGGCUGGUUUGAAUCAUCUUUCAGUGUGAAUUUUAAUGACGCCUUUUGCCACUCAAAAUCUGUAAAUAUCUGUUUCUCGUUCUGGAGUCUUUCGUUUGCACCUGUAUUGUCUCUUGAAAGCUUUCUUUGUGAAGAUAUUACUAUUCACAACUUCCAUCCAAGGCACUUUUCCAUUCCAUUGUGAGCCAAAAAAUAAAGAAUAGAAUUUUAAGGCA